GAAAGGGCCGUAGGAAGAAGCAGCUGCGGAAGCCCCGGGGGUGGAGCUUUCUGCAGAGAGAGAGGAUGCAUUGCUGGCCAGGUCUGCAUCUCUGUGCAAAGGAACAGAGACACGUGCGGAAGAAGCAACUCACCCAUUCGGAACCCAGGGCUGUGCACUUCCUCUGUUCCCACAGAGACCUCACGAUCAAGAAGCAAGUCAGACACUGCAUUGAUGGAGGAGGAGAGAGAGAGGGGUCAGAGGCAAAGGGGCUGCAGGGGUUAUUUUCUGGGCGCUGCCUCCAGCAGUCUCUCCACCCUGGCAACCUUCCCCAUUUACAAGACCAUCUUCCGCCAGCAACUGCAUGCCUUCUGCAUCACUGAAGCGGUGCGCCAGCUGUGCCACGAAGGUUUCUGCCAAAUCUAUCGUGGUGCCUUUCCACCACUCAUGGCCAAGACGCUGCAAGGAACAUUGAUGUUUGGCACCUACAACAGCUUCUAUGGCUUCCUCUCGAAUCAGCCAUGGGGGUCCUUUUCCCGCAGAGCCACAGCCGGGCUGUUUUCUGGCUUCUUGGAAGCCUUGGUUUUCUGUCCCUUCGAGAGGGUUCAGAAUGUGCUCCAGGAUGGAACGAAGGUCCAGAGAUUCCCCACCACACGUCACAUCCUGACCACCUUCCGUUCCUACCCCCUCGGGGAGAGCUUCAGUCUGGGCUUCUACCGAGGCCUCGGACUCAUCCUGAUCCGCAAUGGGCUGGGGAGUUCCCUCUAUUUUGCCUUGGAGGAGCCUCUCCGUAGCAGCUUCUCCACACAGAGCUUGCCUGUUGGAAUCCCAGCCUUUCUGUCGGGCAGUAUUAGUGGCACUUUGGUGUGCCUGCUGCUCUACCCUCUUGGCAUUCUCAUUGCCAAUAUGCAGUCCCAAGUGGGAAGGCAGGAAACCCUCAGCCUCUUGGCCACGAUGGCUGAGGUCUGGAAGGCCCGGGGAAGGAAAGCUUGGCUGCUGUACAGGGGCGGCUCUCUCCUCAUUCUCCGCUCAAGCCUUACCUGGGGACUCACAACUGCCAUCUACCAGUUCUUGUCCAAGGUCACAAGCUAAGGACUGAUUCUGAAGGGGGGCUAGGGCUUUCUGUGUCUGUAGAGCAAUCUGCAAACAUGGUAUAAAUGGAGACAAUGACAACAAGAAGGAAAGGAGAACUGCCCCAUACACCUGCAGGAGAAUUGAACAGUAUCCGACUGAAGAGAGAGAAAUGCAGAGCAAACUCAGAGUUGGGGGAUGUGGUUCACUUGGACACUUUGUAGAGAUCUGAAGUUUGCAAGCACAUCUGGACUAACUUGAUUCCAUUGGAGCGCCAGAAAGCUCCGCUUUGCCUUCAGCUGGAUUACACAGUGGGCCAGCAGAAAACAUCUUUUACUUUCCUGCAGGGCCUGGGGAAGGGGGAGGAGGAAUCAUGACUUCUGGCUUUGCAUGUUGGAUCCUUAAGUUACAAGCCAGACAGCCCAGCAGAAUUAAGCCCCAAUAAAUACACUGCGGGGGCAUUAUUUGUAACCUGAUUUGUGAAUUAAGCUUGGGCUUAAUUAUUGCAACCAUGUAAUUGAUUAUAUCAGGCAACUUGUCUUGGAUCCUUUGGAGAAAGGGCAUUAGCAUGUUUUGCUUUUAGUUAAUAAUACUAUUUUUAUAAACUAUCUUCACCUGAGCUGAAUUUUAGUGGCUUACGUUAAUUUUGAUACUUUAAUAAGUAGCUGUUAUUAAUAAGCUGGUUAUUUCUGGUCUGUUUGUUAUACCUAUGUUUUCCACGAUAACCGCUGUCUGCUGAUUGGAAGCCCACAAGGACAUGUUGGAUAAUUUUGGCAUGUAUAUUUCAUCACCUAUGCUUUUAUUUUAUAAGGUCUCCAAACUUUCUUAGAUUUCUUUUUUUAUAUAGACACACAAGUGUGCACUUAAUUUUUAUUGGCAUAGAAAAUGUGAGUACAACUACAAGCCUCCCCAUAAUUCACUAGCAAAUUGUUUGUAAUCUGCAAGCAUACGAUCAUACAGAAUAGCUAUGGACUAUUUUACCGCAAUAUCUUAUUACUUUAUUUAGAUUAGUUUUAAAUAUAUAAAUGUAAGUUCAAAUAUC